CCAAAAAGCAGCUGUAAGGAUGCCAAAGAAGUUCCAGGGCGAGAACUCCAAGGCGGCCACUGCCAAAGCUCGCAAGGCAGAAGCUAAGGCAAUGGCAGACGCCCGCAAGAAGAAAGAAGAAGAGGACGCCCUUUGGCAAGAAACAGAUAAACAUGUACUUAAAAAGGAACAGAGGAAGGAUGAAAAGGAGAAGAGGCGACUGGAGCUUCUUGAGAGGAAAAAGGAAAACCAGCGCCUCCUGGAUGAGGAGAGCGCUAGGAUAAAAGGAAAAAUUCAGAAGGAGGCAGGAUCCGGUGGAAAAGUGACCCGUGCCGAAAUUCAGGAAAUACUUCAAAAUGAGCAACAGCAGCAGCAAGACAUCAAGCCUAAAGAAAAAAGCCACCUGGAGACUCCUCUGGAAGAGAAUAUUAACAGAGUUAUAGCUGAAGAAGGAACCGUGGAAGCACGAACAAUAGAGGACGCCAUCGCUGUGCUCAGUACGGGCCCUGAAGACCUGGACCGUCAUCCAGAGCGGAGGAUGAAAGCAGCUUUUACUGCCUUCGAGGAAGCAAACAUGCCCCGACUAAAAAUGGAGAACCCAAACAUGCGGCUGUCGCAGCUGAAGCAACAGCUGAAAAAGGAGUGGGCUAAAUCUCCUGAGAACCCUCUGAACCAGCGUUUUGCCACCUAUAACUCAAAGUGAAUUUUGUUUAUUUUAUAUUAUCGCUUGAAAACUCUGCUUAAGCAAUUUAGAGACUUUGAUCUGAAAAAACUAAUAAUUUCACCAAAAACGAGUUGUCUUUGAGGAGAGCUCCAUCAGCAAGCACCCACACACCUUCUCGUGUGCCAGAGGACUUGACUUUAUUGUUUAAAUUAGUAGAAAGGUAAAACUGAUUAUCUGCUUCCAAAAUAACGACUCUGUCAUGUUUGUGCACAUCCUCUAAUGAGGCAACUCAACAUCUCAUGAAUUAAAGUACUUAUUUUUUAGUCCUUCUGGGAAGGUGGGAAGCCAGAUGUUUUCAGAAUAACUUAUUAAAGUUCACAGCUAAAUCAUCAACAUGUGUUGUUUUGGUCUGUGCAGCGCAAACGGAUUGAAUGGAAAUGUUGCAAGUGUAAGUCACAUUUGUUUAAUAAAGAGGAUAAGUAAAAGAUUUAAUUCCAGGUCACAUAGUGUACACCAACCAAUGAAUUUUGGAAAUAUAUUAUGUAUAACUUUU